UCUCAGGUAUCGGAUAAAAUAUUUUUGCCACUUUCGGUCCGGUAUAUAAUAAUUAAGGCAGUGGUUCGCGCGCUAUAAGGAGCAAGAGAGAGUCAGGUGGGUGAGGAAGGAGGAAAAAUAAAGAGGGAGAGUUGCGGCACCUGCCACCGUCCUUGCAGGGCGCCACUCGCACGCUGCGUGCGUGCCGGCUAUCCAUCAUGGUUGCAGACGUCGGGCUGCUCUGAUUGGUCGAGGAUAGUCACGUGGUAUGGUAAUUGGGUAGAAGUGGGCGGGAACGUAUAGCGUCGCCUCGUGUACGCGGCGAGAGGUUCAGCGGAGAGGAUCGGCAAGAGUGUCCGAAGAAGCGGUGCGAACAGCCGUGUCCGUCGCGAGUGAACCAAGCGAAAAGUGCCGCGACCAGCGAAGGUCGGACUCACGUAGACCCCGAUGAUGGACCCGAGUGAAAAGUGCCGUGAUCGUCGGGGGUGUGCCAGAGUGUGAGCGUGAGUUGCAGUGGACCGGGUGUAACCGGAACGUACACUAGGACUCAGUCAGAGUGACCAGGUUUCGUCAAGCAGCGAUGAGCUCGUUCCUGAUGAAUCCGUCGACGGCCGGCGGCUACCAUCAGCAGCACCAACAGCCAGCGCCGCAUCACUUGGCCCCGGCCUCCGUCGUCGUGGACCCCAAGUUUCCACCCAGCGAGGAGUACAGCCAAAGCAAUUACAUUCCGUCGACCGGCGCCGACUUCUUCGGCGGUGGUCACCACCUCAACCACCCCCAGUCCCACCAACUCCAGUACCACUACCACCAGCACCAUCAUCAGGCAACCUCCACGCCGUACGGCGCCUCUCCAGCCGUCCAACUGAACGGCGGCUACGCCGGGUACGGUGGAUACUACGGACCCCAUCAUCCCCAUCACCAAGUCCACGCGGUACACCAUGCCAGCCUCCAUCCUCAUCACCAGGCUGUCGGCGCCCUCGCGAUGCCGCCGGAGGCUCAGCAGCCGCCGCUUACUUGUCCACCUUCCAUGCAGAACCCUCAACCCCAUCAACAGCCCCCGGCACCCGCACCAACAGUGCUCGGAUCGACUGCCUUAUCGCCACCCCUGAUGGCAGCCCAUGUACAGCAGCCCGAUCCUCUACAGCAACAUCAGCAACAGCAACAGCAAUCCCAGCAACCAAAACACGAGAGUACGACAUGCAGUCCGGCUGGAUCGGGAUCUCUGCAUCGAGACAAUUCACCGGAUUUACAGCAGCAGCAGCAGCAGCAGCAACAGCAGUCGCAGCAUAUUCAGAACUCUCAUCAGGCUCAACAGCAACAGCAUCAUCUCGACGACUGUUCGGACCAGGACGACAUGGAGGACGAUCAAAUGAUGGAAGGGUCACCCGGGAUGAUGGACGAUGACGAGGAGGACGACGAGAAUGGGGACCGCGUCAUUUAUCCUUGGAUGAAGAAGAUCCACGUAGCUGGAGUCGCAAACGGAUCGUACCAGCCAGGAAUGGAACCAAAGCGCCAGCGCACGGCGUACACAAGGCACCAGAUCCUUGAGCUGGAGAAAGAGUUCCACUACAACCGAUACCUGACGAGGCGACGACGCAUAGAGAUCGCCCACACGCUGGUGCUCUCGGAGCGUCAGAUAAAGAUUUGGUUUCAGAACCGCAGGAUGAAGUGGAAGAAGGACAAUAAGCUUCCGAACACGAAGAACGUGCGGAGGAAAAACGCAAACGGCACACCACCGGCCAAGUCGUCGAAAGGAGGUGCGAGGACGAAGGUGCAGUCCGGAUCGGGGAACAACAACAGCCAGAGGAAAAACAACAACAGUUCUCCAUCGGGUGGCAUGGAGGGUGGUGGCAGCCUCGACGGCAGCGUCGGCAUCGACAUGGCCGACGUCCACGGGGUGAACUCUGCUCUUCCGCAUCCGCACUCGGCCCAUCCGAGCUUCCAAGGUCAUCCGCACUCGCUGGCUCAUCUUCAGGCCCAGCUGAGUCACCUCCAGGUCGGUGGGAUGCUCGACGCGACGGGCGCCCCCAUCGGGCACAUGGGUUCCGGCAAUAUCAGCCCCCUGGCCCCCGCCACCAGCCCACCCUGUCUCACGACCCCCAGUCAGCCGUUACCCGUCAAAUCCGACUACGACCUCACGGCCCUGUAACACCCGAUAAAACCCUGGAACGCGUUUCCCCAGCUCACCGACCUCACCAACGUCAUUUCGACCCGAGGUGCCUCCCCCCAAAAUUUUUACCAGUAUAAUCAAAUACUCGAGUCGUAGAGCUGCGACCAGACGUUCUUUAUUUCAACCCCCCCCCCCCCCCCCCUCGCACCUCCACCCAAUUAUUACCCAGUUUUUAGUUUUCACUACUCACCAUUGUUUUGUUUCUAAGAUAUUAUUAUAUCGAUAUUAUUAUUAAUAUUAUUAGUAUUGCUAUUAUUGUGUCCAAACGUAAGUAGAUUUUAUUGUUUUCACCAUCGUUUUUAUUUUUACAAUUUUUUCAAACUUUUGUUUCGAUUGUUUUAC